GUACACCGAGGAGUUAAAGGGUUCGUCCGAGACCUUCAAGGUAAACCAAUUGCCAAUGCAACCAUCUCAGUGGAAGGAAUAGACCACGAUGUUACAUCCGCAAAGGAUGGCGAUUACUGGAGGCUGCUUGUACCUGGAAACUAUAAACUCACAGCCUCAGCUCCAGGCUAUCUGGCGAUAACAAAGAAAGUGGCGGUUCCCUACAGUCCUGCUGUUGGAGUUGAUUUUGAACUGGAGUCAUUUUCUGAAAGGAAAGAGGAGGAAAAGGAAGAAUUGAUGGAAUGGUGGAAAAUGAUGUCAGAAACUUUAAAUUUUUAAAAAGGGUCUAAUUAGCUGCUUUUGUUCUGUACAAUGUAGUCUGAUGUAACGUGACCAUUUUCUUUUAGAGUUUGUGCAGUUAAUUUUUAACGUUGAUUUAAAUAUUAAUAGACAUUACUUAAAAUAAAUAAUUAAACUCUUAGAGGUAAAAAUACAAUGACUUGCUCUAUUUCUUCUUAUAUAACGUUCAUUUUCCUACACAUAUUAUACAAGAGAUUGUAGAAAAGAUUGAAGUGAUCUGGCCAUCUUAGACUUAACUGCAAUAUUCCAUGUGUUAUUUACAGUGCAGAACUUUUUGAGUCAUUCUAGCUUUUAAAAAUUAAUGAAUGCCUUUUAAUAUAAUUGGUGACAAUGUCACAUAAUGAAUGCCAUUGAAAAGGUCAAUAGCUACAGCUUGGAGUUGUGAGCACUAUAUUGAAAGACCUAAAUUGUUCAGUAUAAAUUGUCAUUUGUCUCUUGUGCUGACUAGCUAUAUAUGUAAGCAUGAUCUUGUUAA